AUGAACCUAAAAUUUUUGAUAUUUGGCUCGCUGAUCGCCAUCAGCGCCUGCUGGACGGAUCCGAGGGAUGCAAACUGGGAGAUCUUGAUCGAUAAACUGCCGAAGGAACUUACAGACGAUAUUCUCGAGGAUCUCGAGUGGUUUUUCCGGUCGCUCGGCUACCUGGAUUGGUUCACGAUCCAGAAUCUAGUCCCGUAUCUGAGCAAAUUGGAGAGUAUCGACGAGAUAAUGUUCAUGCUCGAGCGAGCUACGCCGGCCACACAUCAGAAAUUCCUGAAAUUAUAUAACGACUGGGGCGAGCGGUUCGGGCUGAUGACGGCGCGGGCUCAGGAUUUUGUCAAAGGGGCGCUGAACGUCCUCUCUGGCGUCGAUGACUACCCGGAAGACACUGACGACACCACAUGGGCACGAUGGCUCCAGGGGCAGUUUAAAACAGAGUUGACGCUCGAGGAUCGCGUUUCGGUGGCGGUGAACAUGCCAACGGUGUAUAAAUUGCUGGCAGACCCAAAAUACCUGGAUCGCACGAAUGAGCGGCUGAUUCUGCUCUACGACCUGUACUCGGCGUUCGAGGAGGGCGACGAGGCCGAGGUGGUCUUCUCCUUGAACAGCGACAAGCCGGCAAAGGCUUCCGCCAAACCGGCAGAACGAUUCGAGCCAUUCCAUGAGGAAUUC